AAGACUAGGAGAACACUGCAAGGCGACGCACCAGAAACUUUCCACCCUGGAUUCUCUACUUUUGCUCCAUGGACAGAGCCUCAGCCAGCCAAGUUACAGACAGACCGUGAGCAGUCCCUGCGCGUUUUAUUGCGACCUGCCGGUGGGAACUUUGUCUCCGAGUCGGAGCAGCAUGGAGCGGCGGAGCGAGAGCCCGUGUCUGCGGGACAGCCCCGACCGGCGGAGCGGCAGCCCCGACGUCAAGGGGCCUCCCCCGGUGAAGGUGGCCCGGCUGGAGCAGAACGGCAGCCCCAUGGGAGCCCGCGGGAGGCCCAACGGCGCCGUGGCCAAGGCCGUGGGAGGUUUGAUGAUUCCUGUCUUUUGUGUGGUGGAGCAGUUGGAUGGCUCUCUUGAAUAUGACAACAGAGAAGAACAUGCAGAGUUUGUCCUGGUUCGAAAAGAUGUGCUUUUUAGCCAGUUGGUGGAGACCGCGCUCCUGGCCCUGGGGUACUCCCACAGCUCAGCAGCUCAGGCACAAGGAAUAAUCAAGCUGGGGAGGUGGAACCCUCUCCCUCUCAGCUAUGUGACAGAUGCCCCCGACGCAACAGUGGCCGACAUGCUGCAAGAUGUCUAUCAUGUUGUGACGUUGAAAAUCCAAUUACAAAGUUGUUCGAAGUUGGAAGACUUGCCUGCGGAGCAGUGGAAUCAUGCCACAGUCCGCAAUGCCUUAAAGGAACUGCUCAAAGAGAUGAACCAGAGCACAUUAGCCAAAGAAUGCCCUCUCUCCCAGAGUAUGAUUUCAUCCAUUGUAAAUAGCACAUAUUAUGCCAACGUGUCAGCAACCAAGUGCCAGGAGUUUGGGAGAUGGUAUAAGAAGUACAAGAAGAUUAAAGUGGAAAGAGUGGAACGAGAAAACCUUUCAGACUAUUGUGUUCUGGGCCAGCGUCCAAUGCAUUUACCAAAUAUGAACCAGCUGGCAUCCUUGGGGAAAACCAACGAACAGUCUCCUCAUAGCCAAAUCCACCACAGUACUCCAAUCCGAAACCAAGUGCCCGCAUUACAGCCCAUCAUGAGCCCUGGUCUUCUUUCUCCCCAGCUCAGUCCACAACUUGUUAGGCAACAAAUAGCCAUGGCCCAUCUGAUAAACCAACAGAUUGCCGUUAGCCGGCUCCUGGCUCACCAGCAUCCUCAAGCCAUCAACCAGCAGUUCCUGAACCAUCCACCCAUUCCCAGAGCAGUUAAGCCAGAGCCAACCAACUCUUCUGUAGAAGUCUCUCCAGAUAUCUACCAGCAAGUCAGAGAUGAGCUGAAGAGGGCCAGUGUGUCCCAAGCUGUCUUUGCAAGAGUGGCAUUCAACCGCACACAGGGAUUGUUGUCUGAGAUUUUGCGUAAGGAAGAAGACCCUCGGACAGCCUCUCAGUCUCUUUUAGUAAACCUGAGGGCCAUGCAGAAUUUCCUCAAUCUGCCGGAAGUGGAGCGGGAUCGCAUUUACCAGGACGAGAGGGAACGGAGCAUGAAUCCCAAUGUGAGCAUGGUCUCGUCAGCCUCUAGCAGUCCCAGCUCCUCCCGAACCCCUCAGGCCAAAACCUCGACACCGACAACAGACCUCCCCAUUAAGGUGGACGGCGCCAACGUCAACAUCACAGCUGCCAUUUAUGACGAGAUCCAACAGGAGAUGAAAAGGGCCAAGGUGUCUCAAGCCCUGUUUGCCAAAGUGGCUGCAAAUAAAAGUCAGGGCUGGCUGUGUGAACUGCUCCGCUGGAAGGAGAACCCCAGCCCAGAGAACCGCACACUCUGGGAGAACCUGUGUACCAUCCGUCGCUUCCUGAACCUUCCCCAGCAUGAGAGGGAUGUGAUCUAUGAGGAAGAAUCAAGGCAUCACCACAGCGAGCGCAUGCAGCACGUGGUCCAGCUUCCCCCUGAGCCAGUACAGGUCCUUCAUAGACAGCAGUCUCAGCCAGCCAAGGAGAGUUCCCCUCCCAGAGAAGAAGCUCCACCCCCACCUCCUCCGACUGAAGACAGUUGUGCCAAAAAGCCCCGGUCUCGCACAAAGAUCUCCCUGGAAGCCCUGGGGAUCCUCCAAAGCUUUAUUCAUGAUGUGGGCCUGUACCCUGAUCAGGAAGCUAUCCACACGCUUUCUGCUCAGCUGGAUCUCCCCAAACACACCAUCAUCAAGUUCUUCCAGAACCAGCGGUAUCAUGUGAAGCAUCAUGGGAAGCUCAAGGAACACCUGGGCUCCGCGGUGGACGUGGCUGAGUAUAAGGACGAGGAGCUGCUGACAGAGUCCGAGGAGAACGACAGUGAGGAAGGCUCUGAGGAGAUGUACAAAGUAGAGGCCGAGGAGGAAAAUGCUGAAAAGAGCAAGGCCGCGCCUGCUGAAAUCGACCAGAGAUAAUGUGAACUCCUACCAGGCAAAGCAAUACAUCGGUCCAAGGAUUUUCUGUUUUAAUUUCUUUAAAAACUUUUUUUUUUUGCUUUAUUUUAUUUUAUUUUUGUCUGUUUUGUUUUUCUUACC